UUUUUUUUUUAACAAACAAAUAAUUAAACGAAAUGUCUAUAGACAAACAAGAUCGCAAAAGAAAAAGAUCUAUAAAUCAUCAUAGUUAUUCAUACAGUAGAAAAUUAAGCUAUCACAGACAUGAUUCAAGGGACUUCGGUUAUAGAUCGAGUCAACAUAAACAUACGCGUCCAAAAUAUAAAAUUAAUGAGCCUUCUACUCGUAAAAUAAGUACUUCAAGACAUCGUUCUUAUUCAACUGGAUCGGUCUCUGAAGAUAUUGAUGGAGAAGAGGAAGAAGAUAGAAAAGAUUAUUGUAAGGGCGGUUAUCAUCCAGUGCAAGUAGGUGAAAAGUAUAAAGAUGGCCAGUAUACUGUUAUUAGAAAAUUAGGUUGGGGUCAUUUUUCUACUGUAUGGCUCGUGAGAGAUCAAAUGUAAGUAUUCUAAUUCAUUUAUUUCUGUAUGGCUAACUUGGUAUUCUUCAUUGUAG